UUAAGAUAAUGAGAUUUAUAAAAAUUAUUUCACUAUCAAUUCAGGUGCAAAUAUCAUUGUAUUUAUUUGUAGUUUCAAUCGAUCGCGGAUUUACAAAUACGAGUAGUGCAGGAUUUUCUUCAUUAUUCGAAUCGGGUCUUAAGUCAUUGAUUGAAAAUUUUGAAUGGGAGUCACGUGAACCCAUCAACCGGGAACAAGUUCUUCCGGAAUACGAUUUCAUUGUUGUCGGUGCCGGAAGUGCAGGAUCAGUAGUGGCGAGUCGAUUGUCUGAAAUCAAAAAUUGGCAGGUAUUAUUGAUUGAAGCUGGACAACACGCCAUCCAUCUCAUGGAUAUACCAUUGGCCGCUCCAUUUUGGCAAUUUUCCACAAUCAAUUGGAACUACAAAACAGUGCCGACAAAUAAUUCGUGCCUUGGUUUCGAGGGCAGUCGAUGCAAAUUUCCAAGGGGUAAAGUCAUGGGUGGCAGUAGUAUAUUAAAUUAUAUGAUAUAUACACGUGGUAAUAGAAAAGAUUACGACAAAUGGGCAAAUAUGGGCAAUACAGGAUGGGACUAUGACAGUGUUCUGAAGUAUUUUAUCAAAUCGGAGAGCGCCAACUUGUCUCAUGCUGAUUCGGGUUAUCAUGGCAAAAGUGGAUUGUUGUCGGUGACCGACGUCCCUUAUAAGACGCCAAUAGCGAAAGCUUUUGUUGAAGCCGGAUCACAAAUCGGACUUCCUAUUGUAGACGUAAAUGGGAAAAAACAAAUAGGAAUCAAUUAUUUACAGGCUACAAUGAAAAACGGUCGUCGUUGGAGCACAAACACUGCGUUUCUGUUCCCAACGAAAAACAGAUCGAACCUGCAUGUGAAAAAGUUCAGCACGGUAACGCAAAUACUGAUAGAUGGAGCGACGAAAAAGGCAAUUGGAGUGGAAUUUGUCUCGAAGCUCAAAAGAUACAGAGUGUUUGUACGAAAGGAAGUGAUCGUUUCUGGUGGAUCCAUAAAUUCUCCGCAGCUGCUCAUGCUAUCCGGAAUCGGUCCGAAGCAACACCUGAUGGACCAUCACAUCCCGUUGGUGAAAGACUUGCCGGUCGGCGAGAACCUGAUGGACCAUGUAGCGCUCGGCAGUUUGACCGUAUCGAUAAACAAAACCGUUUCGAUACGAAUGGAAAACAUUUUAAAAGAUACAGACGCUGUGAACGACUUUCUAGUACAUGGUGUUAGCGUGAGCACAGUGCCUGGAGGUGCCGAAGCUCUGGCGUUGGUGGACACGCACAGGCCCGGGUCGAUUGACGGACAUGCCAAUCUCGAAUUGCUGCUAGCGUCGGCGACAUACUCGUCCCAUAAGAUGAUUUCUAGCCUUUGUGGCAUGAAGGCCGACCUGUACGACGCCGUAUACCGGGCCACCGAGGGCAAGGACGGGUUCAUAGUGUUUCCAAUGGUAAUGCUACCCAAGAGUCGCGGUCGGGUAUGGCUGAGGGACGCGAACCCGUUUCACCAUCCACUAAUCGACCCCAACUAUUUUGCCGACGAGACCGAUCUGGACGUGUUAGUGGCUGGAGUCCGACUAUUCCAGCGGAUGCUGCGCACCAGUCCGAUGAGAUCACUAGGCGCCAAGAUCCUGGACACUCCGCUGCCUGGGUGCAAGCAACACGUGUUCGACACGGACGCUUACUGGAAGUGUUCCGCCCGACAGAUAUCGUACACGAUCUAUCACCUGUCCGGCACGUGCAAGAUGGGACCGGCCUCCGACCCUACGGCAGUCGUCGAUCCGAGAUUACGUGUGCACGGCGUCCGCGGUUUGAGAGUGGUGGACGCAUCGAUUAUGCCGGAAAUACCGGCGGCUCACACCAACGCACCGACGAUUAUGAUCGCGGAAAAAGCAUCGGACAUGAUCAAAGAGGACUGGGACGUAUUGACGUUGUAGUCAAUGGUGUGAUUAUACACAUACCUAUAUAUGAUGUUUUUAAUUUUUAUAAUUUUUGUAUAGAAAGGAUAGCUUUAUGUACAAACAACUUUGGAAAUUAAAUCUAGUCUAAGAUUUUGAGCAUAUUAACUGAUAUGACUAUUAUAUAAUAACUACCGACGUCCAACGGUGUGUAUUACCUAAAAAGCGAUUUUAUCUGUAUAAAUAACAUUGCAACACAAUUGACGAUUUCGUGUACCUAUAUGUUAUUUGAACUUGUUGGUCAUCUACCUAUACAUAUAAUGUUAUUAUUAUUAAUACAGUAUUAAA